AUGGUCUCCAGUCACCCCCCCAACCCCCCUGCAGCUCAUCUCUUCCUGUCGCCGUCCGCGACAUCCUCCAGCCCGCAAGUGCUGUUUGCCCCAACGAGGUCAGACAGUGAGCGAGGCAGCGACAACCCGAGGGCCGGACACCGGAAAGCGAACCGCAGGUCCAUUCUCAGAGCCGCGCCAGCCCCAAUACCCGCCCCGCACCAGGCGGGAAAUCUGGCACCCGAGCGGCGAUGA